UGUUUAAAUUCGCGCUGUCAUUAUGUUCACUGCUUCCCGUGCAUUUUGACAUUUGGCGCCAUUUUGAUUUUUUUUUUAUUGGUGAAAAAAAGUAUCGAUGAUUUGUAACAAAUAAUGAGUUAGGUAAUUAAUUAAUUCGAAAUAUUUUUUUAUCGAUCGGAGUUUUAGAUUACCUAUUUUUAUUGACAAUUUUUGUUGAGUGGUAACUUUUUAAUUAUCAUUUGGAUUGCAAAAUUACACAAUGGAAUAUUUAAGUAUAUAUCUUCUAACACUCGGUAUGGUAGCAGCCCAGGAUCUCUCGACGCCAUCCAGCCUCCUGCAGCCGAGGAAUUACAACCACCACCCUUAUCAGAUAAGACAGUAUUUGGAAGAAGUCACACCUGAACCUACGAAACAAGGUCCAGUUCUAUUCCCUAACGACGCCCCCCCUCCACCACGACCUCCACUGGUGGUCACAUCUCGACCUCUCGCAGAAUCCGUAGCAAGAAGCGAACUUAACAACACAGUAGCUGCGUCUACGUAUGUAAGACCGGUGUAUCGACAGAAUUAUAAUGGACUCCGAUUAGUGACGCAGCAACCUACAGCAUCACAAUACAAUGUUCCAGAUCGUGAUCUCGACUAUAAUGAGGGACAGAACUACGCAUUCUCAUACAUCGUAAAAGACCAAAAGACUGGAGACGACUUCUCACACAAACAAGAGAGUUCAGGCUCAGCUACCAACGGGGAGUACCGGGUUCGACUCCCGGACGGCAGAGUGCAAAUUGUGUCCUAUACAGCUGACGAAAAUGGAUAUAAAGCCAACGUCAGAUAUGACGACGAAAUAAAACCUAAUACUAAUUACAUGAAUAAUUACAAAGAUACCUUUAAUAGUGUAAAUGUUAAAAAUGAUUAUAAUACAAAUCUUAAUAUUAAAGACACUUACAACGCUAAUCUUAAUAUAAAAGACAAUUAUAAUCUAAAUCAAAAUUACAAAAUAAAUGAUAAUUACAAUCUCAAUUAUAAUCCUAAUCCUGUUAAACCUAAUUUAGACUUUAAUCAAUAUAACUAUAGAGACGAAAUACCAGUAAAAGAAAACGCAUACGAUUCUAAAGAAUACUUCGAUUAUUCUGCUGAGAAUUAUAAAAAUCCAGAUGAAUAUUUAUUCCAACCAUCCACGACUGUCAAACCUUUCCAUACAACGAUAAAACCUUUUCAUCCAAACACAGUAUCAUACAAAUUUACUCCAACAACAGUAAGACCAGCUUAUGACGAAAUAAAGCAUUUAUUUACUACACCAAAUUACGCAAAUAAUAUAGAAAUAAAUAGUCCCUCUUCAUACAAAUUCGAUGAUGUAGUUCUUAUUGGUAAUAAACAAAAUUAUAUUAACAAUAAUUUAAUAUCCACAACUCCUACGUCUUAUAUAGUAUCGUCUGUUAAUAGUGCGUCUGAUAGAAUUAAUUCUAAACCUGUGUUAUCUGAUAGUUUUUAUACGCGAAUCAAUAAAUAUUUGACUUUUAAAAAGAAAUGAAUAAAAUAUAAAAAUACGAAACGUAGUCUUUUUGUCGUAAGUCCUUCUCCAAACUUUUCUCUUUUCAUGAAAAUUCUUCUAAAUUCGUUCUGCGGUUAUGGUGUGGAAAAGCAACAAAUAGGCGGUUUUUUUUUUCAUUUAUACA